AUGACCUCCCACGACUCUUCCUCGACCAGCAUGUCUUCCAUAUCCCAGCCCAAAUCACGAGGAGCAAAUCGCUCCAUCUCCCCCUCUCUCAAAACCUUCACUAUGCGCUGUGUCGAUGCCAAUCUUCUCACUGUGCAACAAUGCGCCUCCCUCGGUGCCUUUUCCCUCUCCACUGGUAAUCGUCUCCGAAACGAAUGGCUCGAACACAAUUGCUCCCUCGGCCCUCCAAAGACGGGGUUCAUGUCCGGUCGUCCACGUUCUAUGAAUCCUGCGGCAGUAGAAGCUCUAAAGGAUGUGCUGAAGUUGAAGGAGGACAUUACGCUCAAGGAGAUUCAGCAGAUCUUGAUUAGGUUUGGAUUUGAGAGUUUUAGUAUCUCGCUCUUGAGUCGACAGUUGAAGAGGAUGGGACUUAGUAAAAAGGAAGUUGCAAAGGCGCAGCUGCUCUCGGAGUCAGGCGGAGUAUCGGGAACAUCGCAGAGCUUGCAGAGUGGAUCAUUCGCUAGACCAAAGGCCAAGGCGAAGAGGAAGGACCGGGGGGCAGGCGAUGGAGCACAAUCAUUCACUCAGUCGGCAGGGGCAUCCAAUGGAGCAUCAAAUGUGAAUUAG